UUGUGGGAUCUGUGCUUCAGUCCCGACGGAUCGAAGUUGGUGACAGUUGGGGGAAACAGAGUUUACGUGUUCGACACAUCUGCCGGAACACUAAUUCAAUCCCUGAAAGGACACACGAACAACGUCGUCUGCACAACAUUUUCCAAAGACGGCCAACUAUUUGCGUCUGGCUCAAUAGAUAAGAGUGUGAUAAUAUGGAAUGCUAAAUUUGAAGGAAUUCUUAAAUACACGCAUGAUGAUCCAAUUGUUUGUUUGGCAUUCAAUCCCACGAAAUCUCUCUUAAUUUCAGGAUCAUGCAAUGAUAUUGGUUUCUGGAGCUGUGAUGAGAACAAAGUGAACAAAUGUGACCAGCCAGGAAGAGUUACGUGCUGCUCGUGGACCAACGAUGGUCAGUUCGUUGCUAUUGGCUGUUACAAUGGGGUCAUCAGUAUCAGAAAUAAGAUGGGUGAGGAGAAGGUUGUGAUCAACAGAGGGCAGGCAUGUCCUAUCUGGAGUAUCGCCUGGAGCCCUGAAACCGAAAACACAGAUGUCCUAGCGGUUGCAGACUGGUCGCAAAAACUUUCUUUCUAUCAACUUUCUGGAAAAUUGCUGUAUAAAGAAAGAGACCUGGGCUUUGACGCCUGUUUCAUAAGUUGGUACGGAGCCAGAGGAGAGUUCAUCUUGAUAGGGGGGUCCAACAGAAAAGUGAACUUAUACUCAAAGGAGGGACAUUUCCUGACGAUGAUCGUUGAAAAACAAUCUUGGAUCUGGUCGGCUAAAAAGUCGCCUAAUUCCGAGUUCCUGGCACUGUGCGGCCAAGAUGGCUGCCUAUCUCUACAGAACCUACAAAUAGCACAGGUGCACAAUUAUUACAGAGAUAGAUACACGUACAGGGAUAACUUAACUGACGUCAUUGUCCAUCAUCUGCUCACUGAUAAGAAGAUAAGGAUAAAGACGAAAGAGCUCAUUAAAAAAGUUGCUUUGUAUCAAAACAAAUUGUUGAUACAAUACAGCGAUACGUUCUUGGUAUACGAGUCUCCGGCUGAUAAUGCCCUAAGUCUUCAGUACAAGCACUGCAACAAAUUCAACAAGAAAAUUGAUGCCACUAUCGUUAUGAUCUGCAGUUGCAACAUAAUUACCAUAAUUGACAGACAAAUAACAUCCCUAUCGUUUGAUGGUACGCGACAAAAUGAUUGGCUCUUAGACUCGCAGGUCAGGUACGUCAAGGUCGUCGGCGGACCAAUAGGGAGAGAGGGAUUGUUGGUGGGAUUGAAAAACGGAAAAGUGAUGCUCAUUUUUCUGGAUAAUUCUUUUCCAGUUCUCCUCUUAACUAUCAAUGGCAUUGUAAAAGGACUGGAUUUCAAUGCUAACAGAACAUUAUUGGCGAUCGUUGACGAGCACAACACCUGCCUCGUCUAUGACGUCAGAACGAAAGAGCUUCUCUAUCAGGAGCCAAACGCAAACAGCGUAGCGUGGAAUACGUGUUUCCUGGAAAUGUUGAGUUUCAGUUUCAACGGUCUGCUGAGUAUAAAGAGCGGGAACUUUCCAAUACAACAACAGAAGCAGCAGGGCUUCGUGUUGUCCUUUGACGGACCCCGCAUAUACUGCCUGACGAAGACGGGCGUGACCAACGUUGCUGUACCAUACUCGGCCAUUUUGUAUCAGUACAUUGAGAAGAAAUCUUUCAAAGACGCAUACAAGAUAGGCUGCCUCGGUGUGACCGAUGACGACUGGCGAUUUUUGGGCCAGCAGUCUUUGGAGAAUUUCGACUUUGAAAUCGCGCGCAAAUCCUUCGUGCAGAUAAGAGAGAUCAUCUACAUUGACUUGGUCCUUGAGAUUGAGGAGAGAGUGAGGAGGGGAGAGAAAAAUAAAAAGGUCAUUUUAGGCGACAUUUUGGCUCUUCAAGGCCGUUACGAAGAAGCAGCUGACAGCUACAAAGCAGCUGGUCAGCCUUCAAAAGCUAUCGAGAUGUACACGGAUCUAAGAAUGUUCAAUAUGACCAAGGACCUACUAGCAGACGACGAUGGUAGCGUAGACAAACGUGCUCUCAUGUCUAAGCAAGCUGCCUGGGCCACCAGCCUCAACGACCUCAAAUCGGCAGCGGAGAUGUACAUGUCUGCUGGAGAGAUGGGCAAAGCUAUCGACAUCAUGGGUCAUAACGGAUGGUCCGAUAUGCUCAUAGAGGUCACGAGAAAACUGGACAAAGGUGACCGAACGAACUUAUUGAAAUGUGCCAACUUUUUGAAGGCCUUGAAACAGUAUGCUUACGCUGCCGAGAUAUUCGAGAACACAGGUGAUAUCGCAUCUUUGGUCAAACUGCAGACCGAAACGGAAAUGUGGGAUGAGGCCAUAGAAACAGCGCAUAAACAUCCGGAAUUUAAGAAGGAAAUCCACUACGCACACGCCAUCUGGCUAGCCGAGAAAGAUCUUUUUGAAGACGCGCAAAAAGCUUUCCAUAAAGCUGGUAAAGAGCAGGAAGCGAUUCUAGUGUUGGAACAACUUACCGACAAUGCGGUCCUGGAGAAACGGUUCCAAGAUGCCUCCUACUAUCACUGGCUGCUUUCAAUGCAAUUUCUUGACUCAGCCGCAACCGCAAAGAAACAGACGGAUUUGUUGAAAAAGUUCAACGAGUACCAAAGAAAAGCCGACAUCUAUUAUGCCUACCAUGUUAUUCAGCGUCGCGUUGAAGAACCAUUCACGUUUCACAGCCAGGACUCACUCUUCAACAUCUCGCGCUAUCUCACCAAUCGCCUGGCCAAUGAAUCUUUACUAGGCGUUUCUAAAGUGUACAUAUUAUAUACUCUGGUGAAACAAGGGCGCCAUCUAGGUGCCUAUAAGUCUGCUAGGCAGGCACAUGAAAAAUUUCGCAGCCUUUUAGUUCCGCCCAUGUUACAGACUCUCAUUGAUGUUGACUGCCUCUGUAUUAAGUCAAAACCUUUUAACGAUGCAGAGGAGUUGUUGCCAGUAUGUUAUCACUGUUCAUCCACGAAUCCUCUCCUCAGCAAGCACGGAAAUGUUUGUGUCAACUGCAAACAUCCGUUCGUCUUCUCCUUCGUUUAUUUCGAAACACUUCCAUUGAUUGAAUUCAAACUGGAAGAUGGUCUGACGGACGGAGAAGCGAUGAGUCUGCUGGAAUUGGAAGCUCCACAACAUAGCGGGAAAACGGUAAACCGGAAGAGGAAAGAUUCUAAAUCAGGUUUUGAUGAUGAUGAUGAUAGCAAUGACGGCGGUGAUGAUGAAGAUGAUAACGGUGAUGAUUUUUGCAUUCUUGAAUAUUUAUCAUCAUCCAAAUCAACAAAGGCAAAGCCAGUGGUAGUAAAUAGAAACCAUUUGAAAAAACUCUCACUGACUGACGUCAUCAUUUGCAAGUGGAAAAACCCACUCCACUUCCGGUACUACAAAAUCGCAUUUACCGACGUUCCGAUCGUCAAAUGCGACUCUUGUAAUCGGAUGUUCUUGAAAGAUGACUACGAACUAUUGAUGUUGCAAUACGGAAAAUGCCCAUUCUGUAGGAAAGCGAUGGAGCAGCAAGUACAAUAA